GUGAUUCAAUGAUCCACAGUCAGUGAAUAGUUAAAGUAAAUAAAGUGCAGAAAAUGUUAAAUUAUUGUCGAAAUUCGUUAUAAGACUCCCACCACUUGUUUUUGUGACGUUUUUGCAACUCGAAAAGUGUAUUACAACGCUGCACAAUGGCGCUCACACCGGAAGAGUUGCGAAAGCGUAUUCCUCAGUGGUCGCUGGAAUCGGAUGGACAGCUGCUGCAGUAUAUGAAGCAAAUAUCGAAGAACCUUCAAGAUAAGUGCAAGCAAACCCAGGACAACCUGAACCAUCUGUUGUUGGAGGCCGAUGAAUGCCAGAUCCGUUUUGCGAACGCAUCCAAUAGUUUCAACGGCAUUCAGCAAGUCAAAUUUGUGGAAAACCGCGUCAAGGACGACGACGAAAGUUUUUACUCUGUACGGGAGGAAGAGGUAGAAAAGGGUGAGAAGCACCCUUACGGCGAGAUAUUCCAAAUGACAGUUGAGAAAUCAAUAGAAAGCAUGUACAAAUGUUUCGAAAAGGUGACCGUACAGCUGGCUAGUGAUAGCGAUAGCGAUGACGAUGAUGAUGACGAGGAGGCAGCUGCUAGGAACACUGUGCUACGGGCGAUUCAAAAGUAUCCCUAUAUCAGUAGACCCUUACCACAUAUUAUUGGAUCGCAGGAGUGGCGGGAGAAGUGGCACGCUGGAUUGAUCGAUUCCGAAGAGGAAUCGGAAGCUGAAAUAAAGGAACAGUAUUCGGAUUCCAGUGAUAGUGAUAGGCUGUUUCCAUCGCAAACAAACAGCAAUCAUACACCAUCGGAGUCGGAAGGAUCAGUUUGGGGAGUGCAUUCGGAACCGAGAAGAAGGGCUCCAUCGAUGGACCCAAGUGUUUCCGGUGAUGACACCUUAUCUGUUCAUUCCACAUCUAGUUCAGUCAGACCACCAGGAAUGAGAUCGCUAAGCCAACAGAGCAAGGUUCACGUGUUGCCUACGAUACAGCCGCUUAAACCACCUGCUUUAUUCCCGGAUCAGCCACCAGACGAUACAGUCAGUGUUUCAUCGAGAUCAAAAGUGCACAAUCUGUUUGAAGAAUCGGACGAGGAUGAAUCUACUCCCACUCAUAGACCACAGGUGCAACCCACGAAAGUACAGCCGUCCUACUUCAGAGGGAAUCAGCCAGCGAGACAACAGGUUAACCUAUUUUCUGAUGAACCUCCUCCGUCGGUCCCCAACUAUGAACCAACGCCUAAAUCUUCGACUAGCACUAGUAAAUCCCGACAAAGAAAACCAGUCAAUCUGUUCAUUGAAAGUGAUGAUGACGAUGAUUUGCUGAAUAACAAUCGAUCGUCGAAAAGAACUAGUGUGUAUCAAAGUGAACCACCGGAAAUGGUAGAACCAGCGAAAAAGACAGUCAAUCUGUUCGAUGAUGAUGAUAACGGCAAGAAUCAACGACAGCCAGACAUUGGAAAGACUGUUGGGGCUAACAUUUUCGAUGCAGCGAAUAACAAUCCUAGCGAAGAAGACGAUCUUUUUGUCCCAGUGCAAAAAUCCAUCAACGGAAACGCUGAAAGUCGAGGAGUUCGAAGGAUAACGAACCUUUUUGAUGAUGAACCCCCGGUGGAUGACUUUGAUGAAAUAUUUAAACCUAAACCAAUAUAUCGAAAGCCAGCUGGUGGAAAAUUGGUGCUACCUGUGCUACCGAAGGUUGGUGGUGCUGGCGAAAAGAAACUAGGUGUAGAAUCCGAUAAAAAAGCGAAUCUCUUUAAAGACGAGAAUGAUGACUCAAAAGAGUUUGGACAGAAAACAUCUGUUGAUUUGCAACAGAACAGUGAGCCGGUGGCGAAAUCCUUAGCAGAGCCAACUUCUAAGAAAAUGGUUAACCUGUUUGAUGAUGCUGAUGAUGAACAGGAUAUUUUUGGCACAAACGUGGUCGUUGAUACACAGAAACCAGUGGUGGCAAUGACUUCCUCGAUUUUGGAGUCCAAGCGAAGAGUAAAUCUUUUCGACAGUGAUGAGGAUGAUCCUGUCGAGGAAGCCACCAAUAAGAAAAACUUUAACGUAAAAAGUGCGGAACUGGAGAAAGUAACUUUGGCUAGUCCAGCGGACUCCUCGAGUAUAAGAUCGGCUAUUCUGAAAAAGAAAUCAAUUUUUGAUUCAGAAUCCGAGGAAGAUGAGGGAGACGAUUUUCUGUUUGCAAACAAAACAACGAACACAGUGAAGCAUGAACCUGAACCACUCCCAAGAAAGGUGGUUGCAGUUUUACAGCAGGAAACUAUUGUUAAUUCACCGGUGAAUGAAUUUCUUGGAGCAAAUACAGAUACAAUAUCAGUUACUGGUAAUCACAAAUAUAAACCGAAAAUACCUGAUGAGCCACCAGAGAUGGAUUCUCCUGAACUUUCUCUAGGUUACCAACCAAACAAUAUGCAUAUUUCAAAUGAUAUUGAUUAUCAUUUAACUACUAACAAAAUAGCACUGCCGUCUGAAGAAUUGAAUCAAAAUGAGGCUCAAAUUCAGACUGAACCUGUAUCGAUCUUCAAAGACGACCAGUUAGCUGAAAAUAAAAAUAUUCUAGUUAAUGACAGGCUGGUUCCUUCCAGUAAUGACACCAGUGAUUCUAUUCCAACCGUAUCCGUACCGUCCGAGGAAAACUUUGAUCAUACCUCGACGUCAAAAAGUGCCUUAGUCUUUAGUUCAGUUGGACUAUUUGACGACGUUCCACCUCCGGACGAUGACGAUUACGAAGAACAUCGCACAUCGCUGGCUGUCGAUCACGCGGAUGAUGGUUUUCUAGGUGCACGGCUGUCGACAGAAUCGAACAACUCGUCCAAUGGUAAUUCCAGCCGUUACUUCUUCUUGGACGACGAUGGUCCUCCCCCGGAUGAUCUAGGAAGACACACAUAUAGAGACGAGGUGGAUGAUUACAAAGUAAAUUCGCGCCUGCAAGGCAUAUCAAACAUUACUGACGAGCGAAAUAGGAACGAAUUAGGUUACGCGAAUAUCAGUGCAAAGACGAAAAUAAAUAGGCUAAGUGCCAAAGUAAACAUCAACGUGAAUGCAUUACUGCCGGGUGCUCGGAGACCUCCGCUGUUGACGGAUAAAAAGGAGAGCGAUGCAGCGGUGGUAGUUCCUACAACAUCACGUGCUACUGAUCAAAGCGAAUUUGGAGAACAGCCCAAGACGCAAAAUAAACAAACUGAUAGCUCCACGAAGCUAGUAGGAUUGAACAAAGGUCGUGCAAGAAUCCAAACAAAGCGGAAACCUUCAACGCGACAGAACAGAAGAGUUAACUUCGAAAAUAGUUCGGCCGUUCAGUCAACUCAUCACGAAGAGCCUACGUCAAAUAAUGGUACAGCACGAGAGGAGGCACCUGUUAAAGAAAUUCGUGUCGUAGACGGUUCCGAAGGGAAAACUCAUCACGUAGAAGUAACUGCUGCCCAUUUUAAUGUGAACCAUUUGCUAUCCGAUGAACUUGUUGAAAAACUCUCCCAGUCGAAAAUGGAUUACGAUGAUAUUGGCGCGGACAAGGACAGUAGAUCGAAUCCUGUUACGACGGUACCAAAGACUACCACUUCUUCCGCAUUGGUCGAACCAUUAUCAAAUUCACCGAAGACAGAUAGGCUGAAAACGCUCUCUUCUAGCAAGCUUUUCAGCGAAAGCGAAUCAGACGAUGAUGAUUUGUUCAAAACGAUUAGUAAACCUAGUACGGGUUUAUUAUUCAAUAAACCAGUAGCUGUACCGAAGCAAGAAAUCGUACCACCUGCAACAAUAAGUGUGCCUGCAUCAUCGAAAAGUAAAAUUUCACAAUCGAUCUUUGACGACUCCGACAACGAUGAAGACGGUCUUUUUGGAAAGUCUAAAUCGAAUACACCUGCCUUUCCCGUUGCCACUUCAGCCACUGGAAUUAAGGUUACUAGUCAAAAACCUGCCAGUCAAAAUAGAAGUAUAUUUGGAUCUGAUGACGAUGAUGAUAGCGACAAUAUCUUCGGUGGCGCAAAGCGUAAACCACUGACUAAAUCGGAGCCUCCAUUGAUAGCUGGUAAGGCGACGGCAUCAGCUCCGACUUUCGCUAGCAAACCAUUGUUCGGUGACGAGGAUGAAAACGAUGAGGACCUAUUUGGAUCGAAAAGAAAACCUCAAGUGAAGCCCAUCUCGUCGCAACCGGAAAUCAAAAAAGUGGACAAACCGCGAUCGAAAACCGUCGCUUCUGCCUACGACGAUCCGUUAGCGGACUUGCUGGGGUCGUGAGUUAUCGUCUUAUCUUGUUACUUGCAUGGUGAGCUAAACUGACGGUGCAAUUCAAAAUUCAGAUUUAGCCGAAUUCGAAUUGAGCGGUAGUUCUUUGCUUGCUACUGCUGCUAUGUCGCGCUUGGCGGCCGGGUGUUCUUUUUCGUUGUUCAGUUGUGUACAUCCGGCUGAUCCAACGAGACGGAAAACGUACGAGCAAACGAAAAAUCUAGUCAAAAUUCAUCAGCCAAAACGAGAGGUUCUAGAUACGAUUUCGAUUGUGCACUGCUAGGUUAUGUGUUAAUUCGGAACUUUUUGUGUUAUGUUUUAUCAUUCCAUUAUAGCAUUUUCUAUUAUUUGUAUGAA